UGACAAAGGUCUGUGGUAGGAACGAGGGUAAAUUAUAAAAGAAGUUCCCUUUCACAAUAAAAGCCCCGAUAGUCCCGGGGUCUUUUAUUGUGGAGGUGUGUUGCUCAGAGCGGAUGUUGGGGUGAAGCGGAGUGCUAAAGCUAGUUCAGAGCUAGUUUAGAGCUGGUUAUCUCACAUAAACUCGGUGUCUGUCGGUCAUUUAGAGCUCGGUCUGUCUUUCUCUCAUGCUGCUGCUUUAAAGAAGCUUCUGGAAGCUGCUCGUGCACACGCUCGGUCUCCAUGGCUACGGAAGACUUCUACGAGGUGGAGCGGAUCGUGGAUAAGAGGCGGAGUAAGAAGGGCCGGGUGGAGUACCUGGUCAGAUGGCGAGGGUACGGUCCAGACGGUGACACCUGGGAGCCGGAGAGUAACCUGUCCACCUGUAUGAUCUACGUCCACGACUUCAACCGCCAGCACACCGAGCGCCAGAGAGAUGCCACCUUACUGCGCUCUACCCGCAGUUCUCCCAGCCCACAGUAUAGCCCCGCCCACAGACCACUCUGCAGGCCAUCACCAGCCACCCACAGUGACAUCAGCAGUGACAUUAGCGCCAGUUUAUCGGGAGGCUGUGAUCAGGUAGAACCUGCCAUUGGUCCAGCUGUCUCGCCCUCGCCUGGCUCCACCCACCCUGCCUCCGCCAGCUCCCAGGAUCCCCUUCAGGCAGGCAGGUUGGGCGGCGGUGUGAUGUCAUCGCCUCUAGCAGGCUCCGCCCGCCGAAGCCUGGACCUGUCAAAAACCGGCAUCAAGAUCCUGGUCCCCAAGAGCCCGAUGAACAGCCGGCCGGACUCUGAGGAGUCGCCCAGCGAGGCCGCUCUCAGCCUGGACGCCGGCGCUCAGGAUGCUCACCUGGUCCCGCCUGAGGUGGCGCUGCUGGAGAAACCUGCAGGGGUUCAGCUGGGGCCAGGACAGGAACGGGCCCGCAUGGGAACCAGGCCCCGCAGCUUGAACCCCCCCCCACCACCACGGCUCCCCAUCACACCAGCUGCCAUGCGCUCCCUCGGAGGUUCGGGUUCCUCCUCGCUGAUGGAGGCGGUUCCUGCCAACGGGAUGUCCUGCGUUCAGAGUGCUGUUACUGGGGUGAGCAGUGCAACGGGGAAACGGCGUCUGGAGGAGCGCUCAGCCUUCGACAAACGUCUGAGGUUCAGUGUCCGACAGACAGAGAGCGCCUACCGAUACCGCGACAUUGUUGUGAAGAAACAAGACGGCUUCACGCACAUCCUGCUGUCAACCAAGAGCUCAGAGAACAACACGCUCAACCCUGAGGUGAUGAAGGAGAUCCAGAGUGCCAUGGCAACUGCAGCAUCAGAUGACAGUAAGCUGGUCUUACUGGGAGCUGUGGGCAGCGUCUUCUGCUGCGGUCUUGACUUCCUGUAUUUCAUCAGACGUCUGACAGACGACAGGAAAAAGGAGAGCAUCAAGAUGGCUGAAACCAUCAGGACCUUUGUCAACACCUUCAUCCAGUUCAGGAAACCCAUCGUGGCGGCGGUGAACGGGCCCGCCCUGGGCCUCGGCGCCGCCAUCCUGCCUUUAUGUGACGUGGUGUGGGCCAAUGAGAAGGCCUGGUUCCAGACACCAUACACAUCCUAUGGCCAGACACCUGACGCCUGCUCGUCCUUUACCUUCCCUCGCAUCAUGGGCCCCGCCUCAGCUAACGAGCUGCUGCUGAGCGGCAGGAAGUUGACGGCUCAGGAGGCGUGUUCUAAAGGUCUAGUUUCUCAGGUUCUCUGGCCCGGAACCUUUAAUCAGGAAGUGAUGCUCCGAAUCAAAGAGCUGGUCACCGUGGACCUGCUGGUUCUGCGUGAGUCCAAAGCUCUGCUGAGGAACAGCAGCCGCGGCGCCCUGGAGCAGACCAACGAGCGUGAGUGCGAGGCGUUGAAGAGAGUUUGGGGGUCUUCACAGGGAACGGACUCUAUCCUGCAGCACCUGCAGAGGAGGACCGAGCUCUGCUAGAACCUCACCUGGACCCACACCUGGACCAGGAGCAGACAGCUGAGACUGUUCAUGUUUCUUUCUUUGAUAAGACUCUAAAUUAUGAGGCUCCGCCCCCUGGACCCCACCUGUUUGCUUUAGAUAAACCCUAAACAUGAAUUCUCUUUAUUAUUAUUAUUAUUGUUGUUGUUGUUGUUGUUAUGGUUUCUUUAUUUACAGAUGGAGUGUUUAUGCUUUCUUUCACUUAAGACUCAGCCUCCAGUCACAUGCUAAGCUAAGCUAGGCUAGGCUAACAGAGAUGAACUGGAUCAUGUGACCUAUCACAGAGGUCUAUAAAAUAUUGGGCUGUCCCAUUAAGAGCCAGUGGCCUCCGACCACAAACAGGAAGUGGACUCAGCUCAUUUUUUUAAACAGAUGACAUCGUCACAGCGCUGGAGGUUUCCUGUAGCGCCACCAUCAGGAUUCUGUAUGGUACAGCACUUUGCAGUGAUGAAUUCUGGGUAAAAGCUCAUCCAUGAGAUACUGCAGUCAUGUGACAACGGGUCAGCUGAUCAGAUUGAAUUUCAGACCCUGAUCAUGUGACCAGGUGAUCAUGUGACCAGGUGUUUGUUGUAAAAUAAACUCAGAUAAAACGUG